CUAUCAAGACGUUCAACUACAAGUCUCCUAUAAUAUCGAUAGCCGUGAACAAUGACAAUAUUAUAGCAUUAGGCUCGGUUGCGGGUCCUAUCCAAAUAAUUUUUAAUGAUGAUAACGACAACGAAAAGAUCUUAAGGUGGCAUAUCGGCCCUGCCAAGACGUUGCAUUUUCAUGAAAACUUCUUGUUAUCGGGAGGUGAUGAAAAGGUUCUUGUUAUUUGGCAAAUUGAUAACGAUAAGACCCAAUUUUUACCUAGGUUGAACGGUGUCAUAGAUAAAAUCUCCGUCGAUGUCAACAAACCCGACAACUACAACUUAGCCUUAAAUAUCAAUGGUCAGUACGAAUUGUUGGUGUUGUCCGCAGUUGAUUUGGUUUCUAGGUUGUCUGUGAACAGCAUCAGGCCCAACUUAAAGAGGAAGUUGAACAUCAAAAACUCCACCUCAAUUGUGGAAGCGAACCCAAAGACAAACCACUUGUAUUUGCCCAGUGGUUCGUUUAUUCAGGCGUUUGACUUGGUGAAAAAUGAACAGUUGUUUCACCAGACGGUUUCUUCGGUAGUACCUACCGGUAAAGUCAAAUCUGAAUUGAAGUUGAUGGACCCAGCAGUGUCGCAAUUGAAGUUCAGUAGCGAUGGAGAGUGGAUGUGCACCUUGGACAUUGUCAAUAACAAUGAGAUUGAAAACUUGUUGAGCCAGGAUGAUAAAAACUAUGCGUUGAAGUUUUGGAAACCUGCCAGUGCCAGCGGCUGGGAAUUGGUCACCAAGAUCAUAGACCCACACUUGAAGGUUCAAGUAUUGAGUGUUAUGCCCUAUCAAAACGGGUUCAUCACAGCAGAUGCGAGUGCCAACUUACGGUUCUGGAAGUUAAGAAAUAAGUCCUGGGCGGUGGUAAAGACUCUUGAUUUGAUGAAACCAGAGUCCAAGUCUGUGGACUUGGCUAUUAGUGAAGACAACUCGGUCAUAGUAGUAAGUCAUGAUAAUGUGGUGUACAUGGUUAACUCCAACUUCAAGUUGGUGCAGCCGUUGUCUCUUGUGGAGUCUCAUAUCCGGUCAAUUGAGUUGGUGGGAACAGACUUGAUCAUAUUGAGUAAAACCAAACUUGUGUCUUUCAACUUGGUUACGUUUGAGUUCAACAGUUUAAUGGCUCAGGUGGCUGUCGCACAGGGAAAGACAUAUCUUUGUACCAACAACCAGCUAGUAGCUUUGGCGUUGAAUAUCCAAGACUCAGAAAGGUGUAAAGUGAUGUUAUUCAAGCCCAAUGAUUUGCAUCCAGUUUUCGCAACCAUUCACAGCACCUACGUCAACAGUAUAAUUCCCUAUAAUGAUGGGUUCUUGUUUGUAGACAACGAGUUAAGAAGCGGAAUAAUCUCUACCAACCAGUUGAGAUUAAAAUCCGAUGAGUCUGAGAUCAACGGAACAUCCAUAACGGCAGCAGCAGCCAAUUCCUCUGUCCCAGCCGAUGAGAUUGAAAACUUUUCAUUUAAGACAUUCGACUUGAACUCAUUUAAUAAUAUCUUUGAAACCGACAACUUGGAUACGUUAUUUGAUAAAAUCAUUAAGAUUGUAAAAUAACAAUCUAUUAUAUAUACAAAUUGUGUAUUCUUUUGCAUAGGUAUCACUAUAUACAAGCACCAUCACCUUUCAAUGUUCAAGUCUCUUGAUGGCCAAAAUGGACUCGAUCUUGUUCAAGGCAAGUUGCAACAAGUCCUUACGUUUCUGCAAGUUGAUGUGCUGCUCGAUUUUUGGAUCCUCCUUGGCCAACUGCUCAAUUUGGUCAAUCGACAAAUUGUUGAAGAACUUGACAUCAAGUUCUCUGGGGAAGUUAUAAUAGAAAUCAUUCAAUAACUCAACAUUUAAGAACAAAAUCGAGGUCGAAGUCAAUUUCGUAUUAAUCACAUCAAGAUAAACUUCGGGACACUGGACUUUGUUUCCCUUUGCCUUACACUUAUUGUUGUUCUUCAAGAAUUGAUAUCUCAUCUUCAAGAGAGAAAGUCUAUCCUGCAAGAAAUUGGCCAUCUUUCCUCUCUCUAUCAAGGUUGUAGAGAAUCCCAAAGCUUCGGUUGGGUUGAAAUCGAUUUCAGAUUUCAUAUUAUUUAAAUACUUCAUCACUUGGUUUAACUUUCUACCGCCAAUAUGAGCUUUCAAAUCCUGGAACAAAUCAUCGCAACUCUUGAUCUCUUCUCUUAACAAGCUGAUGGCAUUCUCUCUGGAUGCCAACCAUUCCCUGUCUUCAAUUUCGAUCUCAUACUUGAAGGGCUUAAUACAAUUCUCCACCUGGUCGGCAGUUGAAUAGUAUUUAGAGCUCAAUACUUGAUUAGCCACCUCUCUGAUGAGUUUCUUGGUGUGCUGA